UUAGCUACAUUAUUUUUCUAGCUUGUCUAAGCAUUGGGUUUUUUAGGAUUCUCUUUUACUCUUCACUUUUGUCAGUCCUUGGGUUCUGAGUUUUUUUGGGGUUCGGUAUAUAGUAGUGCCAUUGUUUGAAAUCAGCAUCUUUCUGGGUCCUCCUCCUUUUCCCAUCUUCCACCUCUUCUCAAAUUCGAAUUCUUUCUGCUCGAUCCGUGGAUUUUCCCGGUUAAAUUUUCCAACUUUCAUCUCUCAGCAAGGCACUUGCGUUGGUGGCUAUCUUAGUAAACAACUAAUCUGGUGUGGAAGUUGGGAAUGAAAGUGGAACCUUCAAGUUAAGCAGUAAUGCUUAUUAGGUGUGAUUAAUUUUCUUGGCAAUGUCGAGGGUUACUAAGUGGAAGAUUGAGAAGACCAAAGUAAAGGUGGUUUUCCGGCUCCAAUUCCAUGCUACACAUAUUCCACAAUCUGGAUGGGAUAAACUUUUUAUCUCUUUCAUCCCUGCUGACUCUGGGAAGGCUACAUCAAAGACAACCAAAGCAAAUGUGAGAAAUGGAACCUGCAAGUGGUCAGAUCCAAUCUAUGAAACUACAAGACUUCUCCAAGAUGUUAAAACUAGACAAUAUGAGGAGAAGUUUUAUAAAAUUGUUGUGGGGAUGGGUUCUUCACGAUCUAGCAUCCUUGGUGAGGCCAACAUCAAUCUAGCUGAUUUUGUCGAUGCUUUGAAGCCCACAGCUGUUGCAUUGCCUCUUAAUGGAAGUGAGCCUGGAGUCACACUACAUGUCACGGUGCAGCUUCUCACUUCCAAAACUGGUUUCAGAGAAUUUGAGCAGCAGAGGGAACUCAGAGAGAGGGGUCUGCAGACAUCUGAUCAAGGUACUCAUGAUGAAUCUGCUGAUAGCAAAGAGUCGUCUCCUGACCAGAAUGUCAAUAAUCAUAUAAAUAAGGUUACUUCAAGAGUGAAAUUGAAAAGAGAAUCUAAAGAACUCCCCCGUAUUUCUUCACUUGAAGGAAAUGAAGAGUAUGCUGACUCAGCUGCUGGAUUUGAUGGCUCUUCUACUACUUCUGGAAGCAUAUAUAAUGAGAAACAUGAUAUCUCCAGUACACAUGAAGUGGACAGCCUUAAAAGCACAGUCUCUGGUGAUUUGGUUGGACUAUCCCUCAGUCAAAGUCCUCAGCCAGAGAAAGGAGAGGCAACUGAUAAUCAGUUUCCAUCACGGGGCAGUGAUUGGGUUCAUGGUUGGGGUGUAGACUAUUCAGCUGCAAAUAAUUUGGCUGCUGCUUCUGAAGAUAGUAGUAGUAGCAAACUUAAGGGAAAUUUGGAAGCAGUUGAGUCAUCUAUUCUUGAUCUGAAACUGAAGGUGAGUUCUUUGCAAAACCAUGCUGAUGAAAUAGGUGUUGAAACACACAAGUUUUCUGAGCAACUUGCUGUUGAGAUCUCAUCCGGAGAAGAGUUAGCAAAAGAGGUUGCAAUACUAAAAUCGGAGUGUUCAAUGUUUAAAGAUGAAUUUGAGCAGCUUAAAAGUUCUAAGUUGAGCUUAGCAUUCGCUCUCAAAGAGCCUAUUGACACAGAUCAGGAUUUUCAAAAUUUUCAGCAUAAAUGGAUUAAGGGUCUUUUGCUCAUGGAAGAUAAGUUAAGAGACGUUCAGAAGUUAUCCAUGGGAUUUCCUGAAAGGGAUUUUCGGUUCCUUAACUUGGAGUUAGAAGCACUAGCUGAGAUUUUGCAGAAUCUCAAGCAAGAAUCUGGAGAGCCAAUUUCUGGGACUAAAGCUGUCAAUGCAAGAGAUAACAAGAAAAUGGAUUUACAUAAAGGUGAGCAACUUUUAACAGAUAUCGGGAUGGAUGCAGGUUUAUUUCAAUCUGAAAGCAUGACUCAUUAUCUUACCAUACCUGGCCUUACAUCUCACGAAUUUGAUUCUGUUGAUCCUACCCUUGCAAUGAAAGAAAAAGUUUUUGAACUUCUAAGAGAGCUAGAUGAAUCCAAAACUGAAAGAGAAAGCCUUGUACGCAAAAUGGACCAGAUGGAGUGCUACUAUGAAGCUCUUAUUCAGGAACUUGAGCAAAGUCAACGGCAGAUGAUGGCUGAGUUACAAAACCUUAGGAAUGAACAUUCUACUUGCCUGUAUACAAUUUCUGCUGGUAAGACUGAGAUGGAGAGACUGCACCAGAAUAUGAAUGAGCAGAUGAUGAAGUUUUCUGAAGACAAGCGGAUUUUGGAAUCUCUCAACAACGAGUUUGAGAGAAGGGCUAUUUCUGCAGAAGCAUCUCUUAAAAGGGCUAGAUUGAACUAUUCUAUUGCUGUUGGUCAAUUACAAAAAGAUCUUGAACUGCUUUCUUGCCAGGUUCUUUCUAUGCACGAGACAAAUGAGAAUCUCAUAAAGCAGACCUUCUCUGAUUCUUCACUUCCAAACACUGAUGGUUGUCAAGAACCAGCAAAAUAUCCUAAAAGUUCAGAAGGUCAUACUUCCAACCGCUUGCUAUGUCAAAAUCACAGUUCUUCCUUACAUAGACAACAUUUGGGUGAAGACAUUUUACUGAGUGAUUUGAAAAGAUCGCUCCAGUUGCAAGAGGGGUUAUACAGACAGGUUGAAGAAGAAAUCUGCCAAAUGCAUUUUGUAAAUAUAUACUCUGAUGUGUUUUCUAAGGCUCUGCAAGAGACAUUGCUCGAAGCGAGUCUUGACAUUCAACUCAUGAAAGAGAAAAUUGUUCAACUCUCGCAGCAGCUGGAGCUUACAAAUGAAUCCAAUGAAUUACUGGUGCUAAGGCUGCAGAAUGCUAUGAAUGAUGUUGUCUCACUAAAUGAGUACAAGGAGAUUUGCACUGCAAAGAACAAUGAUAUUUCUCAUCAGAACCAAAUUUUAGAGGCAAAUUUAAAAGAUCUUGCCCAUGAAAACAAUCUUCUUACUGAGAAAAUUAAUGAGCUGGAAGUUCUUCUGACAGAGUGUAGAAGUUUUGAGGGCAAAUACAUGGAAUGCAAUGCAGAAAAUUCAGAGUUGAAGAGUUUAUUGAAAAAAGAGACCCUAGAAAAUGAUGAUCUUCAUGAUCAAAUAUCUGUUUUGCAGGAAGAGUUAAAAGCUAUCAGAACUAAAUUUGAUGAACUGGCUUCUACGAAGGAUAAUCUGCAGAAUAAUGUCAUCUUUUCAUCUAAUAAGUUGCAGAAAUUGCUUGCUUCAUAUGAACAAAGACACAACAGACUUUCUCUUUGUAAUAGAUCUGCUUCUUUGGAUUCGGAGUGUAAAGACUUAGAAGGUCUCUUAUUGCAGCUAGAAGAGCUGCAACAGAGUGCAUUUGAUAGAAUCCUGCAACUCACUGAAGAGAAGAAGAUUUUAGUCCAUGAAAAACAUAUGGCUCAAAUAUCCCUAAAUACAGCAGAGUCAGAUGUCGUUGUCAUGAAACAGAAGUUUGAGCAUGAUUUGCAAGAGAUGCUACGUAACAUAAAUGUGUUGGGUGCCUUGUUGCAGAAACUUCAGUUAGAUUUUGAGGUGAUCAUCAACAGGAUCAAUACUGGUUUUGAAGCUGAAGAAUUACACUCUCAGCAUCACACAGAAUUUUUGUCUGGUCUUGAUCAUUUGGAAGCUGAGCUACAACAAAUUAAUUCCAGAAAUCAGGAGCUUGCUCAAGAAAUUAUAAAGCUAGGCACUUCAUCUAGUGACCUUGAAAUGUGUAAGCUGGCCUUAGCAACAAUCACAGAGGAAAAGAAAGCUUUGGAGUUGUCUUUACAGGAAAAAAUAGAGGAAUCUGCCAACAUUUCAUCUGAGCUUAAUUUUUUAAAAACAAAUUUACAUUCUCUACACAAUGACUUACAUGCUGAGAAAAUUGUUAGAGAAAAAUUGGAGAAAACAGUUACAGAUCUUACCACAGAAUUGAAUGAGAAGCAAUGCCAGCUGCAGGAUUCUGAUAUGAACAGACAAGAACUGGUCCAUCUCAGGCAAAUGGUGACAGACUUGGAAUUUGAGAAAUCAAGAAUCUCAAAUCUUCUGCAGAAAUCUGAGAAACAUCUGAAAGAUACUUUAGAGGAAUUUUCUUCUAUUAGUUAUCUGGAGACUCAGUUAUCUGAAAUGCAUGAGUCUUCCAUAGCUUCAGAUGUUGUUAUAACAUUUAGCAGAGCUCAGUUUGAGGAUCAUAUGGAGGAGCUUACUGAGAAACUUCAUUCCACUUGCAGCCAACUGGAUGAUCUUACCAUGGAAUUGAAUGAGAAGCAAUGCCAACUGCAGGAUUCUGAUAUGAACAGACAAGAACUGGUCCAUCUCAAGCAAAUGGUGAAAGACUUGGAAUUUGAGAAAUCAAGAAUCUCAGAUCUUCUGCAGAAAUCUGAGAAACAUCUUAAAGAUUCUUUGAAGGAAUCUUCUUCUAUUAGUUGUCUGGAAAAUCAAUUAUCUGAAAUGCAUGAAUUUUCCACAGCUACAGAUGUUGUUAUGACUUUUACCAGAGCUCAGUUUGAGGAUCAUAUGGAGGAGCUUUCUGAGAAACUUCAUACCACUUGCAGGCAACUGGAUGCGCUUCACAAGAAGAAUCUUGAAGUAGAAUCUGAAUUGAAUGACUGUCUUUGCAGAGAACUGACUUGCAUUGAAGAAAAUACAACAUGGUUGACAAGUAUUGACUUCCUGAAAUCUGAAUUAGCUGUCUUGACUGCUCAGAGUGGAGCACUAAUUGAUCAAAAUAGUGCUCUUAUGUCAGAACUUAAGGAGCACAAGAGUAGGAAAGAGGUCAGCAAUACUGCUUAUGCUUGUGAAAGCCAGUGUGUCCUUGAGGUUGCAAAGCUAGAGCAGUUGCUGGUAAGUUGUAGCAGAGAUGGUGAAGAACUCUUUUUGUCCAAGGAAGAAGCUGAACUCAAGUGUAUAGUUAUCCAGGCCAAAUUGGAAGAACUAGAAACUGCAGUCACUUCAUUAAAACAAUCAGAUAAUGAAUUGAUAAGGCUGCAGAACCAAUGUAAUGAGCUUACCAAGAGGCUUUCUGAACAGGUUUUGAAAACAGAAGAGUUUAAGAACUUGUCUAUUCAUUUGAAGGAACUGAAAGACAAAGCUGAAGCUGAGUGUCUUAAUGCCCGUGACAAAAGAGGACACGAAGGACCACCGGUUGCUAUGCAGGAGUCCUUGAGGAUUGCGUUUAUCAAGGAACAAUAUGAAACAAAGUUGCAAGAACUAAAACAGCAACUGUCUUUGUCAAAGAAGCACAGUGAGGAAAUGUUGUGGAAACUACAAGAUGCAAUUGAUGAAACUGAGAAUAGAAAAAAGUCUGAAGCUUCUCACAUAAAAAUUAAUGAAGAGCUGGGAAUGAAGAUCUUGGAAUUGGAGGCUGAGUUACAGGCUGUACUUUCUGACAAACGCAAUUUGUUAAAUGCUUAUGACCUGGUGAAGGCUGAAAAAGAGUGUUCAGCAAUAACCCUUGAAUGCUGUAAGCAAGAAAAGCAAGAGCUUGAAGCUUCUCUUGUAAAAUGCAAUGAGGAGAAGUCCAAAAUUGAAGUAGAGCUUACCUCAGCAAAGGAAUUGAUUGAGACUUUGAGAUCUCAUGCGAACGCUCUGAGUGAGGGCAAUGAUACAUCCUCUUCAUUGAAUCCUCAAGAAAAAUCUACUCAUGCAGCUUGCAGUCAUGACCCAGAGAGUGCUAAUUCACUCAUCAAUGUGAAACCUGAGGAUCCUCUUGCAUUUAGAGUUAUGAAUGGAUGCCAAACUCUUGGAACUGAUGAGGACUUGCAACAUGAAGUAAAGAAGCAUGUGGCUUCAACUGAAAGUUUGAAAUCUAGCAUUGACCACUUGAAUGAGGAGUUGGAAAGGAUGAAAAAGGAGAACAUGCUUCCUUCAGCAGAUGGUCAUAGUCACGAGCCAAGUUUUCCUGGUGUGCAAAGAGAACUGAUACAGCUACAUGAGGCCAAUCAAGAGUUGGGAAACAUAUUCCCUGUGUUUGAUAAAAUCUCUGUCAGUGGCAAUGCGUUAGAAAGGGUGCUUGCUUUGGAGAUUGAGCUUGCUGAAGCUUUGCGGGCAAAGAAGAAAACAAGCAUUCAAUUUCAGAGCUCUUUCGUGAAACACCAUAGUGAUGAAGAAGCUGUAUUCAGAAGCUUCAGAGAUAUUAAUGAGCUUAUUAAAGACAUGUUAGAACUAAAGGCAAGACAUUCAGCUAUUGAGACAGAACUGAAAGAGAUGCAUGACCGUUACUCUCAAUUAAGUCUUCAAUUUGCAGAGGUUGAAGGUGAGAGACAAAAACUCAUGAUGACUCUUAAGAAUACUAGAGCAUCUAAGAAGGCUUCAAAUUCAUCAGCCUAUUUCGGGGACCAUUCCUUAUAGCCACAUUAAGGAAGCAUUUUUUGCCCCGUUGCACAGGCCAAUAAUAAUUCAUGCUUGAUUAAGAUUAAGAUAUUCGUGGCCCCAUCAUAUCUUCCCUUUGACAUAUAUAUAGAUUAUGCUAUAUAAGGGGCCCCAUCAACUAUAGCCAGGGUUAUAUUUUUGCAAGGGUAGCUGUGGCAUUGUCUCAUUUUCAAAGUUAAGCAACAGAUAAUAAUGUGUAAAUAAAAUAGUUUGUGUUAAGAAUCCAAGUAUAUAUCUUUGUAACAU